CAGUUUUGAAGGCGUGUGUUGGCGUAUUUUACUAUUGAUAAUAAUAUUACUUUUGUGUGAAAAAUGGCACCUAAAUUUGAUCAACAAAAAACAAAACAUCAGCUUUUCCACUUGUCCAUUAGUUUGGCUACGGUUCUUAUUUGUAUGACGUAUUUGCAGUUCCAACGAAACUGGACAAACGUGGGUAGCAUUUGGAAGUCCUUAGUAGUGCCUAUUGUUUUCACCAGUGAAUUACUCAAGGUACUACUUGCAAGAUACUAUAGCCAGUCUGAUGAUAAUUCGUUAACGCAAAAGCAACGUCAUAAGAGGGCUUCCUACUUUUCAAUACGUGAAAUAUGUGGAGGAUUGCUUUUACAGUUUUUAUGUACGGUUCUUUAUGCGUUUAUAUGUAUUAUACUAGGAGCACCUGUACUGCAGAACUAUGAACAGACCUUUGUACUUGCGCUCUUACUUACAUUAGAAACAACAACACCUACAGUAUUGCUAUUAGGAGGUGGUGGUGCAUUACAAGUAUGUUUCUGUGAAAAACCAGAUUUCAUAACAAAAAGUGAAAACACUGCGCUGGAGUUAUUCAAAUACAAUGCUAUAGGCGCUAUAUUGGGCGCUUGGGCCGGGUCGGUAGUUGCUCCAUUAGACUGGGAUCGUGAUUGGCAAGCAUAUCCCAUACCAAAUGUGGUUGGAGCUUUACUGGGAUGUGCUCUAGGGAACAUUUAUGCAUGCUCUCGAAUUUUGUACGCUACUGCCAAUGUUUUUUUAAACAGAAAACGCUAUUAAGGGAAGCUAAUCUGUCGUUCCUUUCCGAAUAAUAACGAAAUCGCUGCCAAUAGAGUAACCAAAUAUUAUAUUAAAUGUAAUGACAUAAUUCUUCAAUCUAGUCAAAAACGUAGUAAUUUGUUUUACCAUAAGUGAAUUAAAUACCAAUAUAUAAUUAUACUUUCUAUAAAUGUAUGUAUUUCCUAAUUUUUUUUUUAUAGUUAUAUUAAAUAUAAAUUUAUUUUUUUUUUUAA